CGCCCCAGAGCGCGGCGGAGGCGGAGCGCAGCGAGGUAGCGCGAAGCAGAGGCCUGGCCGGCAGCCGCUCCGCCUCCCCGGCCCGCACAGCUUCGACGGCCGCGGCGCGGGCUCCUCCGGGCGCCCGAGGGGGCGCGCAUGGAGCGCGGGAGAAGGCCCUGAGCUCGGGGUCGCGGCGCCGCGGGCGGCACCAUGGCCCUGGAGCAAGCGCUGCAGGCGGCGCGGCAGGGCGAGCUGGACGUGCUCAGGUCCCUGCACGCCGCCGGGCUGCUGGGCCCCUCGCUGCGGGACGCGCUGGACGCGCUGCCCGUGCACCAUGCGGCCCGCGCCGGCAGGCUGCACUGUCUGCGCUUCCUGGUGGAGGAGGCAGCCCUGCCCGCCGCGUCCCGGGCGCGCAACGGCGCCACGCCAGCCCACGACGCCGCCGCCACCGGCCACCUGGCCUGCCUGCAGUGGCUGCUCUCGCAGGGCGGCUGCAGAGUGCAGGACAAAGACAAUUCUGGUGCCACAGUUCUGCAUCUGGCUGCCCGCUUCGGCCACCCCGAGGUGGUGAGCUGGCUGCUGCGUCAUGGCGGUGGGGACCCCACCGCGGCCACAGACACGGGCGCCCUGCCUGUCCACUAUGCUGCCGCCAAAGGAGACUUCCCCUCCCUGAGGCUUCUCGUCGGGAGCUACCCUGAGGGAGUGAAUGCCCAGACCAAGAACGGUGCCACGCCCCUGUACCUGGCGUGCCAGGAGGGCCACCUGGAGGUGACGCAGUACCUGGUGCAGGAGUGCGGCGCGGACCCGCACGCGCGCGCCCACGACGGCAUGACCCCGCUGCACGCGGCCGCGCAGAUGGGCCACAGCCCGAUCAUCGUGUGGCUGGUGAGCAGUACCGACGUGAGCCUGUCGGAGCAGGACAAGGAUGGCGCCACGGCCAUGCACUUCGCGGCGAGCCGCGGCCACGCCAAGGUGCUCAGCUGGCUCCUGCUGCACGGCGGCGAGAUCUCGGCGGACCUGUGGGGCGGGACCCCGCUGCAUGACGCCGCCGAGAACGGGGAGCUGGAGUGCUGCCAGAUCCUGGUGGUGAACGGCGCGGAGCUGGACGCCCGCGACCGCGACGGGUACACGGCCGCCGACCUGUCGGACUACAACGGCCACAGCCACUGCACCCGCUACCUGCGCACCGUGGAGAAUCUGAGCGUGGAGCACCGCGUGCUGUCCCGGGACCCGUCCACGGAGCUGGAGGCCAAGCAGCCCGACUCGGGCAUGUCCUCCCCCAACACCACCGUGUCGGUGCAGCCGCAGAACUUCGACCUCAGCUCGCCUGCCAGCACCCUUUCCAACUACGACUCCUGCUCCUCCGGCCACUCCAGCAUCAAGGGCCGCCGCCCUCUGCUUGGGCUCCCCAGCGCAGGAGCUGCCGACAUACAGAGCUACAUGGACAUGCUGAACCCGGAGCUGGGCCUGCCUCGGGGCAAGAUGGGGAGACCACCACCCCCACCGAGUUUCCCUCCGCCUCUGCCCCCCCUAGGCACCCAGCUGCCUCCACCCCCACCACCGGGCUACCCAGCUCCCCAGCCUCCUGGGGGGCUACAGGCAGCUGACAUCUACAUGCAGACCAAGAACAAGCUUCGCCACGUGGAGACCGAGAGCCUCAAGAAGGAGCAGAGCUCCCGCGACGGCCACAACGGACUGCGGAGGCAGGACUCCGGCCGCAAGCCCCGCGCCUUCAGCAAGCAGCCCAGCACGGCGGACUACUACCGUCAGCUGGGCCGCUGCCCCGGGGAGCCGCCGGCCGCGCGCCCGGGCAUGGCGCACAGCGAGGAGGCGGCGCUGCUCCCCGGGAACCACGUGCACAACGGCUGCGCCGCGGACCCCAAGGCUGCCAAGGAGCUGCCGCCGCCGCCGCCGCCGCCGCCGCCCCUGCCCGAGGCCCUGAGCUCGCCGCCGCCUGCUCCGCCUCUGCCGCUCGAGGGCGCCGGCCCCGGCUGUGGGCAGCGCCGCUCCUCCUCAUCCACAGGCAAAGUGAGAGUCCUGAGGCACAGGAAGAGCACCAAGUCUUUCAAUAUGAUGUCCCCGACGGGCGACAACUCGGAGCUGCUGGCUGAGAUCAAGGCCGGCAAGAGCCUGAAGCCGACGCCGCAAAGCAAGGGGCUGACUACGGUGUUCUCGGGCAGCGGGCAGCCGGCCUGCCAGCCAGACUCGCCGCCACUGCCGCCGCCGGUGUCGCCUGCACCAUCACGGGCUCGGAGUCCCACUCCACCAGCCACGGGGCCCCAGCCACUGCUCAAUGGCAGCGUGGUGCCCGCGCCACCUGCCACCCCUGCGCCAGGGGUGCAGCUAGACGUGGAGACUCUCAUCCCCACGCACGACGAGCAAGGCCGGCCCAUCCCCGAGUGGAAGCGCCAGGUGAUGGUGCGAAAGCUGCAGCUGAAGAUGCAGGAGGAGGAGGAGCAGAGGCGGAAGGAAGAGGAGGAAGAGGCGCGGCUGGCCAGCCUGCCUGCCUGGAGGCGUGAGCUCCUGCGGAAGAAGCUGGAGGAGGAGAGGGAGCAGAAGCGCAAGGAGGAAGAGCGGCAGAAGCAGGAGACGAUCCGGCGGGAGAAGGAGCAGUCGGAGAAGUUGCGCACGCUGGGCUACGACGAGACCAAGCUGGCGCCCUGGCAGCGACAGGUCAUCCUCAAGAAGGGGGACAUCGCUAAGUAAAGGUCGUCGUUGGCCUCCGAGCACGGGGGUGGGGACCCUCCCCCCAGCCCCCGUCCCCAUCUGCGGAGCCCGGGCGGGCGGAAGGGCUGGGAGCCGAGCAGCCCCCGCCUUCCGCGCCGGAACCCCUCCCCGGCCCCCUCCCUGGCCCCCCGCGUCCCUAGCCCCGCCGCCCGCAGCCGCCCGCCCGGGAGAAAAAAAGAAAUGUGCCCAAGCUGCUGACGCAAAACGCCGCCGCGGGCUCGCACGCAUCCGCAUGUUGGUUGGACGUCAGGGUGGGCGGCGGGGCGGCUGCGCACCCUGGGCGGAGGCAGGCCCCGAGCUCGGGAAGGGCUUUCCCUCCCUCGCUGACCCAGAUCUGCGCCGGGCGCGAGGGCGGCGCUUUCCGCCCAGUCAUUUGUUUACCAGAAAAGGAUGCAGACCUCCGCCCCCGCCCCCUGCCGCUGCCCGCCGGGGUGGAGUGAGGGGCCCUGCAGCUGUGGCUCCGGGUGCCGCCCCCGCCCCACCCCCGCGCCUCGUCCCCCUGCCCCGCCCCAUUAAAGCAUUGUCAGCCGCCCGGGGCUUGGUU